GUUUUGGGUUAGUACACAAGUGGAACUGCAUGCUGCGAGGUCCAGCAGAUCCAAGCCCCUCUCCUUCAACUAAUCUAAAGCGGGUGGAGAGUAAGCAGUGGAUGCACAAAGACGUUUGCGUACUCUUGGCGUUGCAGCAAAACAGAGGAGUCUCAUCUUGGCUGCAUGCAUUGUGCUUAUUAUGCUAAGCCUGUUGACCCUCUCUCUCUCUCUCUCUCUCUCUCUCUCUCUCUGUGACGCAGAAGAUUCAAUUCUUGUUUCUUUGUUAUAAUCUAUAGCCUGCCAAUAACCUCCAUAAAUAAAAGGGAGAAACACAAAGGUGACUCAGAGGGCACAAUAUUCAUUUGUGUUAGUAAUCUAUUAACACUAUGGAGAUGUGUUCAGUUGAUGAGGGUGUUAAGAAUCAAGACAUUAAGGAAAGCCUUGAUGAUCACAAGGACAAGGAACCAAGUUGGAGGAAGUUUUUGGCCCAUAUUGGACCAGGGUUUCUUGUAUCGUUAGCUUAUCUUGACCCUGGAAAUUUGGAAACUGAUUUGCAAGCAGGAUCUAAUCACAAAUUUGAGCUUUUAUGGGUUAUAUUGGUUGGGCUAAUUUUUGCCCUGAUAAUUCAGUCCCUGGCAGCAAAUCUUGGGGUGACUACGGGGAAGCAUCUGGCUGAAUUGUGCAAGAUUGAGUACCCAAAAUUCAUAAAAUUUUGCUUGUGGAUACUUGCUGAGCUUGCGGUCAUUGCUGCAGAUAUCCCUGAAGUGAUAGGGACGGCUUUUGCACUAAACAUAUUAUUUCAUAUUCCGGUAUGGACAGGGGUACUCAUCACUGGAUUGAGCACACUUCUUCUUUUAGGGUUACAAAGAUAUGGGGUUCGGAAACUAGAGCUUUUGGUAUCUCUUCUAGUAUUUUUAAUGGCUGCCUGCUACUUUGGAGAGCUAAGCUAUGUAAAACCCCCUGUUGUCGAGGUUGUUAAAGGAUUAUUUGUGCCCAAACUCAAAGGGGACGGUGCCACUGCAGAUGCAAUCGCUCUUGUCGGAGCACUAGUUAUGCCGCACAAUCUUUUCUUGCAUUCAGCACUAGUGCUCUCGAGGAAGACUCCACGGUCCGUGAAAGGAAUCAAUAGUGCUCGUAGGUACUUUCUUUUGGAGAGUGGGUUUGCGUUGUUUGUUGCUUUGCUCAUCAACAUCGCUGUUGUAUCCGUCUCUGGAACUGUUUGCCAUUCAUCGAGUUUGUCUCCGGAGAACAUAGAACAGUGCAGCGAUCUGACACUCAAUUCAGCGUCUUUCUUACUAAAGGGUGUCUUGGGUAAGUCGAGUUCAACGAUAUAUGCUAUUGCAUUACUAGCUUCAGGCCAAAGCUCCACAAUAACUGGAACAUAUGCUGGACAAUACAUCAUGCAGGGUUUUCUGGACAUCAAAAUGAGAAAGUGGCUGAGGAACCUUAUGACUCGGUGCAUUGCGAUUGUGCCCAGCCUCGUUGUUUCUAUUAUCGGCGGCUCUUCUGGUGCUGGACGUCUCAUCAUAAUUGCAUCAAUGAUACUCUCUUUUGAGCUACCAUUUGCCCUUAUCCCCUUGCUUAAAUUCAGUAGCAGCAGAACAAAAAUGGGGCCGCAUAAGAACUCAAUCUAUAUAAUUAUAAUUUCUUGGAUCCUCGGAGCAUUAAUAAUAGGAAUCAACAUCUACUACCUAAGCACAGGGUUCGUGGAUUGGAUCAUCCACAAUAGCCUACCAAAGGUUGCAAACGUUGGUGUCGGUGUCAUCGUCUUCCCUCUCAUGGCCAUCUACAUCCUCUCAGUCCUCUACUUGACCUUCAGAAAGGACUCUAUGGUGACCUUUGUUAACGCUUCUGAUCAGCCCACUGAGCUCGAGAAGGGGACGCACAAAGGACCUGAGGUUGUUCCCUUUAGAGAGGAUCUUGCAGAUAUCCCUUUCCCUGAGUAGUAAACAUGAGAUGUCGAUCGAAGAAGUUUGACGACGAAGCAUUCGAAUCAUAUAUAUCUUACAAGAGGGAAAUGCCGAGAGAAAUAUGGGGUGAAUCUUGUAACGUAGUUUCAUUGUUUAGUAGUUAAGAGUACUGUUUUGCCAUCCUGUUGACGAGAUGCAACAACUUCUAUAUAGAUCGUCGCAGAACUAUGCGCUCAUCGGCUAGCCUGCCUUCACAUUGUGUCGUCAAACUAGCUAGCUAGGCAAUCAUGUUUCAGUUUUCUUCUGAGGAAUUGAGUUGUUAUGUAAACUCCAUUCACAACUCCUCGAGUUUUUCCUUUUAAAAGACGUGGAAACAAAAUGGUAUAAUU